AUGGAGUCUAGUAAUUCCGAGCCUCCAGACGCUUCUCCUCCUCGAGGUGGACCCGUAGACGCAGAGUCCCCUAAUAAUGCGACUGUUUCUUUUGUACCUCAGGAACAAGGUGAGAUACCAAAUAUGGAUGAUGAACUGAGGGCUCUGGUGGAAGAAAAUGCUUUUCGGGCUUUGAUUGGCGUUCCUUUAGCAAAAAGAUCCUAUUUCCCAUUACCAAAUGAAAGUGUGGCGGUGGAAGAAAAUGAGUUUUUCUCCCUCACCUUUCCUAGAAAGCUUUGGAAAAUAGUGGAAAGUGACAGAUUUAAGUCAGUUUGGUGGAAUGAAGACGGAAGUUGCAUAAUAAUUGAUGAGAAGCAGUUUAGAGAAGAGAUUUUAGACAAGAAAGGGCCUUGUAGGAUAUUUGAAACUGAUUGCAUGAAGAGUUUCAUCCGCCAGCUUAAUCUCUAUGGCUUCAGCAAACUGCGGCACGACUUGGAAAGAUCUGCCUCCCUCGAUGAUUUUUUGGUGGAAGAGAAAGAAGCCGGCCCGUCAAGCAAGGUAACUGUCCACUGUCCGAGCGGCCCCCCGUGGCCUUCCCAUGGCCAGAGGAACUUUAUGUUCAUCAGUAGAUAA